AUGGAGGACUCCGGACAAGGAUGUACACAGCCAGAAGCCAGAAUUAAAACUCCUCUAGGCCCAUGGAGAUACACCCAUGCCGCCGCCGCACCGUUCGACCGCUCGUCUUGCGAUAAUGCAGCGCCAUUGCUGGGAAUGCCUGCGACUCUGCCUGGUCUGCGACUUUACCCAGCCUUCGUGCCGGCGCUGCUCCGCGUCUGGAACCGUGUGUCCCGGCUAUGGCGAUGCGAAGCCGAGAAGACUAAGAUGGCUGGAGCCUGGAAGAGUUCAGUCUCAGACGAGACGGCGACGACCAGCUCCAACGGCGAACAGCGAGGACACAACCCGCGGCGUCAUGGCGAUGGCGACAACUCCUGCAUCUAUCUCGAUCUCGCGCCAAUCCAGGGUCUCGGACACAAUCCUUACAUAUAUCGUAUCUCGCCGACACACCUCCGAGCGACGACCUCGUUGCCUGACUUCAUAACGCUCGGUGUAGUUUGCAUGACGCUGAACCACCGGAUGCACCGCAUACGCGACCAGUCCCAUUGUCGCGACUUGACGGAGACAUAUUAUCGGUUCCGGGCCAGUGUGAUCCGCUCGCUCAACGAGAGUAUCAACAUCGAAUCGCGGCGGACUACAGAUAUCGUGGUUGCCGGGAUUCUGACACUUUUACUUAUCGAUGCUCAGCGGGGAGACUCGACUGGUUGGCGAUGGCAUAUAGAGGCGGCUCGAAGAAUAAUCAUGCUUCGCGGCGGAUUUCUCACGGCGGCCAGAUCAAAAGCCUUGAAGCCUCUACUGCUAGUCUUCCUGUGUAUUCUAGUCAUCGGGAACACAACGUCCUCUUCAUCUGACCUUGCAAUAGCUAGCCCUCAUUGCGACGAACUCAAGUAUGUACUCGGACAGACGGGCUGUGCAAUAUCCCCGUUCCAAAUGUGUCCCCCGCUUCUGUUUGUCGAGGUUCUCAAAAUUAAUCGCCUUCGGAUGCGCGCCGUGAAACAUGAGCCCAACCAGGCGGAAGCCCUACAGCAAGAGGGAUACAAAGUGCUCGACUGCAUUUAUAAUUUCUCGCCAGAAGAAUGGGGGGAGACCAUGCCUUCAUCAAGGGAGGAUUGGAAACUCUUGGGAAACGUAUACCAAUUGGCUGUGACAGUUUAUUGUAUUUCUUCCCUUCAGUCCCUAUCAGUCCUUCCCCUGGCUCCCUCACUGAGGGCACAAUGCAUUUCACACGGCCAGCUUCUGCGGGUACUACUUGAAAAGGCACUAUUAUCUCCACGGUUGAAGAGAUUUAUGACCUGGCCGCUGGUUGUGCUUGGCGUGGAGGUCGUACAUGGCGUCGCCAUGCAACUUUUCGUCAAGAAGCAGCUUGUAGAGAUGAGUAGCCAUAUCGGCUCAUAUGGACCGCUGAUGGCGAAGGCCGUGCUUGAAAGGUUUUGGUACUCUGGAGAGACAAAUUGGGAUGCUUGCUUCGAUAGGCCGUACCUGUUCACUACGCAGGUUUCGGUGGACAUGAGCGGGAUAUUGUGA